AGGUAGAAAACCGUUUUGAGAAGCUGUAGUGCUGUCAUGCAGCAAAUGAUCGCCUAAGAUCUCUUGAAAUUUGGCAAGACAAAUGGAUUUCUCAUCCUCCUCUGAUAGCGAUUUAGAGGAAGAGCUUAACCGAAAUUUUCGACGCGAGCGCAGAGAGCAGGGCGGCAUUGUGCGCACGGCAUCUUCCGCGCGUUCCGAGGCACGACGCUACACGCUACCGGACGGACACUCCAUUGAAGUACGUAGAGGUUGCAUAUACAUUCCUUUUCGUGAGAUCUACGUUCAUGUAUUGCAGGCUCUUUGUUGCCCUCAAAAGUGGUUCGGCGACGGCCGCAUUCCAUGUCGAAGGCGGAAACCGCUCUCCCCAGACUUGGUCAGCCUUAUCAGAGUGUCAGAUCUAACAAGCAGUCCUCGUCGAGACGAAGUGAUCGCCUUGGCUGACGCCACUGAAAACGGGUUCUUUAUCUUCGCAGAAGUGCGGGACAUCAGCGCGUCGCCGUCGUCCCCACCCUUUACAGAGCCACAAUGCCACUCGCUUCAGUCGCAGAAAACGUUUGAUCCAUUUGUUGACACUCGCUUUCAACGCAUAAUGCAGUUAAGCCGAUGGCGUUUCACGCUGAAGCAUUCCCCUGCUCUUAAGGAAUACCGCCACGAUGUGUGGAGCUCUUCCGAGGUUCCACGGCUUUCACAUGAGGUUUGCUGUUAUGACGACGACUUGGGUCUCUUGUGGAAGUUUGACGGGCAGGACGGCGCUCUCUACAUGCUGCGCUACACAGAAGCUACGGCCGCUUUUUCGCAGACCCUUUUUGCCACGAUACCGUUUCCUCCACAAGUGUGUUUGCAGAUGCAAUACCUGCCAGGAAAAGAAGAUGAACAUGCGUUUCACACGGUUCAAUUUCACUUAGUCAUAAUCGGAGUGUCUCACGUGGCUAUAGCGUCGCUGUCAAUUAACCGCGAUCAAUCGAGUGAUGCUGCUGUUCCCCAAGCGUCGCUGCAGCACGUGCAAACAGUUGCGCUUUGUUUAUCCGAUGCCGCGUGUGGGUGCACACGCGCACACAACUCCACUUGCGAGUUGCCCGACCUCUGGCUCGGUGCGGGACGGAGCAUUUUUAAGUUUGCGCAGCGGGACAGCGGAGACUGGAGCAAAUCACGGGUUACGUCGUUUUCUACCACCGAUGUGACGGCGUUGGCUGUGCAAGCAGCGGGAACGUCCACAUUAGGUUUCACGGUAGCAGGGAUGCGCAACGGAACGCUGCAGCUGGUGGCGGAUGGCGUUCGGCGCCACGCGAAGUUUGAUACCACUGUUCGGCAUCACGGUUCUGACAUAAAAUUUGUUUUCGAAAUUCCAGACGUACCAUACGGCUUCGUGUCGAUUGCACGGAAUGGAGAGACGAAGGUGUGGGAUGCACGUCUCUUGAGUCAGGAAAAGGAUCCGGUGCGAACUCUGCUCAAAUCGCGUCCCGAUGGCGGGCAGGCCGGUGUGUGUAGUGCGGCGCUCGCCGGUAAUGUGCUAGCGGUUUCCUCUGCGUCGACUGGACUCACGUGUGUGGAUAUACCGCUGUACACAACACUAUUGCAUACCGUACAGAAUAUCUCGUCCUCGACACGCAUUGUACUAGGGACAAGGAACGGCAUUUUCUAUGAUCUUUACACAUUCAGUCCGUAUUUUGUUCAACGGUUUGAGCUUUGCAGUUGA